AUGAGUUCGCCUGAGCGGAAAAGAAUCAGAUCAGAUAUAGACGCGUCCGAGUCGCGCAGUCCGAGACUGGCGUCGAACGAUAGCUACAACUCGGCCUCCAGAGAGAGAAGGAGGUACAAGUUUUGGCGCGGGUUUUCAGCAAGGUCACUGGCCCUUCCGACUAAUUCGUGGAUCUUCUCCGAGGAAGAAUUGUUUCAGGAAAGUCCGUCCAGGGCAAAGUUGGCAUUCAAAGACGAGAUUACGCGAAGAGCCAAAGGUGUUCAGUUCAUUCACAACUUGGCCAAAUCCUUGAACUUAUCAAGACUGGUGGCGAUAACAGCAUCUGUAUAUUUACACAGAUUCUAUAUGAGGAAGGAUAUCUUGGGACAUCACUAUUAUGAAAUCGCAGGUGCUUCUUUAUUUCUGGCUUGCAAGGCUGAAGAAUGCAGAAGAAAGCUCCAUGACGUUGUCGUUUGGUGCGCAAGGUUGUCCAGCAAAGACCCGAAAAUGAUCGUUGACGAACAAACCAAGGUAUUCUGGCAGUGGAGAGACAGACUGGUCAGACUGGAAGAAAAAUUGCUGGAGGUUCUGUGUUUUGACAUGACUCCUGACCAGCCAUACAAGCUAUGCUAUGAUAUCACCAGGGCCAACGAAAGUAUCUUCAACAAACUGAAGGAUUACAAGGGCCGUGGAUCUUUUAGUGAGUUCUAUUUCCACAGAUGUUGUACUUUCUUCGAAUGUGCUGCUAGAACACCCUUAUGUCUUUUGUUCAGGGCAGAGGUGAUUGUGGCAGUGGGCAUGGUAUUGUGUGCGGUAGAAGACGAUAUCAAAAUUCCAGACCAGAUCAUAUCGAAUGAUCUAAAUGUGUCUGCCGAGGACGUCUUUGCUUGUCUACAGCUCUAUCACAGGAUACUGGAUAAAGUACCUGAAGUCAAACCAUAUGUGGCGGUGAAGUACCCUGAACUCACCAAGGAGGACAUAUAUGCAAGGUCGAAUGGGUUCCGCAAGGAGGAUAUGACACCAAUAUCACAGAAAGAAGACUCAAAAGAGCCUCAAGAACAAAAACAAGAGCAGCAACAAGACCAUAUCGAGGAAACCGAACUCGCUGCGAAAGAGAUAGUGGUCUGA